CAAUAUUCUCCCCCAAAAUAUGCAUGUAAAGAACUUGUGCAUUUAUAAUUUGCAUUCCAGAGAACUGAUUAUUUAAAAAAUCUCUUUCUGGCUUGCUUUUUGUUUUGUUUUGUUUUUCCCAGCAGUAGAACCAGGGUACUCUCUUUCCUCCCCUUCCCUUCUUCCUCCCUUCCUCCCCUUCCCCCCCUCUCCUUUUUCCUCCCUUUCCCCCUUUCCUUCUUCCCUUUUUUCCCUCUUCCGUUCUUCCUUUUUUUUUUGUAAACUCAUAAAAGUCUGAUGCGUUAAUGAAAGGAAAUUUGGAAAAUAGAAAAAUUAUGCCCAUAGUGCCCAUCAAAACAAUUUAACUGCUAAUAUUAUGAUGAAUUUUCUUCCAAUUUUUUUCUAUAGUCUUCUCUGUUUUCACCAUCAGCUUAAAUUAUUUCAUAAACAUUUACAUGCUAUCAAAUUCAACCUAUAAUAAAUAGCUUACAUUUAUUAAAUAAGCCCUUAGGUGCCAGUCACUGUUAUAUGCUCUUUACAUCUCUUGCUCUCAACAAACUUAAGGAGAUAGGUAUUAUUAUUUCUUGAAGAAGUGAAACUUAGGUUCAAAGAGAUUAAUUAACAUAAUAACGUAACUAAUAUGUGAUAUUCCUGGGGUUCCAAACCAGAGUGGACAGCAGAGGAUGUGCUCUGAGCCUCUAUACAUUGUACAGCUUUUAUGGUUGCAUAAUAAAUUCUGUUAUGACUCUUAGAGGUCUAUUAGGUCUCUGCUCGGAUGUCACCCUAUCAAAGGAGAACUUUCCCGACCACCCAUUUAAAAAGCUACACUGUACUCUAUCCUAACCGUACCGUAUUUUUCUCUAAAGUGCUGAUCACUAUCUGAUAAAGUAAAAUGUUUGUUUUAUUCUUUCUUCCUUCUCCACUUUCUUAUUAGAACGUAAGAGUCAUGGAUAAAAGACUUGGUCUGGGGGCGCCUGGGUGGCUCAGUUGGUUAAGCGACUGCCUUCGGCUCAGGUCAUGAUCCCGGAGUCCCGGGAUCGAGCCCCGCAUGGGGCUCCCUGCUCUGCAGGGAGUCUGCCCCUCCCUCUGCCCCUCCCCCCUCUCGUGUGCUCUCUGUCUCUCAUUCUCUCUGUCUCAAAUAAAUAAAUAAAAUCUUUAAAAAAAAAAAAAAAAAGACUUGGUCUGCUUUGUUCAUUGUGGUAUCCCCCAAUAUGUAGAACCGUGGCAUGGCGCUGUUCAGGAUUAUUUGUUGAAUGACCUCGCCUUUACGUUACCUUUGCAUGAAUGCUGAUUUUCUUAAUCAGCCUCCGUUGGGACCGACGGGCUACAAUAAUCACAUGCGCUGCGCUCCCCUCCGUACAUCACAGGACUGCCCCUGCUCUGCCCUGAGUGUCUGCGGCACCCCACCCCUCCGUACCCUGCAGUGACGCUGCGUGGCUACCGAGCGCCGGCUUCUUAUCUAGACUGGGUUAUGCCACUGGUUGUUGUAAUUACAUCAUUUAAUGAAAUAUUAUGUAACUAAGUAUGAGCUUAAAAAGACACAUAUGCUUCUAUAAAGACCAGGAUGAAUGCUUUGAAAAACUCAAAUGGACAAAAAUUCCUGUCAAAUAAGUAUAUGCAACACAUCUAUAAUAGGAAAAAUAAUAAAAAUACACCUCGUAAGCACUUAUAAGAAAUCAGAUUGUCUACAGUUUCUAGCUUUGUUUUAGACAUUGAGUAGACAAUGCCUUAAUAAUAUCAAUAUGAAACUCCAGUGGAGACUGAUACUCAAAUGUAUAUUUUUAUGUUUAAAGUUAAAACGAAAUGAUUAAAGGUAGUAGGUGUCAUUUUUAUAAUUGCUCUUGAUAACCUGACUUUUAAAAUUAGCCAAUUACUGGGCGCCUGGGUGGCUCAGUUGGUUAAGCGACUGCCUUCAGCUCAGGUCAUGAUCCUGGAGUCCCGGGAUCGAGUCCUGCAUCGGGCUCCCUGCUUGGCGGGGAGUCUGCUUCUCCCUCUGACCCUCCUCCCUCUCGUGCUCUCUGUCUCUCAUUCUCUCUGUCUCAAAUAAAUAAAUAAAUAAAUCUUUAAAAAAAAAAAAUUAGCCAAUUACUACUUCUGUUCUAUAGGAAAAGGCAGCUUUUACUGUUUGGAAUGAAACUCCGCGUUCUUAGUAUGCCAGAGAAAAUUUCUAGCUGGUUUUGUUAUUUCAGUAACUUCAUAAUAAAUUCAAUAGUAACAAUACUACUUCAUUUCCCCUCAGGGAAUAAUUGCUUUGUGAGCUGAGGCAUGAUUUCCUCUCUGCACCAGAAUGUGAGCUUCAGGUGGCCCGGGACUCGUAGCUCUGUUUCCAAUGUCUACAAUGGUACUUGGUGCAUUAAUUAGUUGCUGAUAUGUGUUCAAGAUGAGUGGGAUGGGAGAAAACACCUCUGACCCAUCCAGGGCAGAGACAAGAAAGCGCAAGGAAUGUCCUGACCAGCUUGGACCCAGUCCCAAGAGGAGCAAUGAGAAACGUAAUCGUGAACAGGAAAAUAAAUAUAUUGAAGAACUUGCAGAGCUGAUUUUUGCAAAUUUUAAUGAUAUAGACAACUUUAACUUCAAACCUGACAAAUGUGCAAUCUUAAAAGAAACUGUGAAGCAAAUUCGUCAGAUCAAAGAACAAGAGAAAGCAGCAGCUGCCAACGUAGAUGAAGUGCAGAAGUCAGACGUGUCGUCGACCGGGCAGGGCGUCAUCGACAAGGAUGCGCUGGGGCCUAUGAUGCUUGAGGCCCUUGAUGGGUUCUUCUUUGUAGUGAACCUGGAAGGCAACGUUGUAUUUGUUUCAGAGAAUGUGACACAGUACCUAAGGUAUAACCAAGAAGAGCUGAUGAACAAAAGUGUAUAUAGCAUCCUGCAUGUUGGGGACCACACUGAAUUUGUCAAAAACCUGCUGCCAAAGUCUAUAGUGAAUGGGGGAUCCUGGUCUGGCGAACCUCCUCGGCGGAACAGCCAUACCUUCAAUUGUCGAAUGCUGGUAAAACCUUUACCUGAUUCAGAAGAGGAAGGUCACGAUAACCAGGACACACAUCAGAAAUAUGAAACUAUGCAGUGCUUUGCUGUCUCUCAACCAAAGUCCAUCAAAGAAGAAGGAGAAGAUUUGCAGUCCUGCUUGAUUUGUGUGGCAAGAAGAGUUCCUAUGAAGGAAAGACCAGUUCUUCCCUCGUCAGAAAGUUUUACUACUCGCCAAGAUCUCCAAGGCAAGAUCACUUCACUGGAUACUAGCACCAUGCGGGCAGCCAUGAAACCAGGCUGGGAGGACCUGGUGAGAAGGUGCAUUCAGAAGUUCCAUGCACAGCACGAGGGGGAAGCCGUGUCCUAUGCUAAGAGGCAUCAUCAUGAAGUGCUGAGACAAGGAUUGGCGUUCAGUCAGAUCUAUCGUUUUUCCUUGUCCGACGGCACUCUUGUUGCUGCACAAACGAAGAGCAAACUCAUCCGUUCUCAGACUACUAAUGAACCUCAGCUUGUAAUAUCGUUACAUAUGCUUCACAGAGAGCAGAAUGUGUGUGUCAUGAAUCCAGAUCUGACGGGACAAGCGAUGGGGAAGCCACUGAAUCCACUUAGCUCUAGCAGCCCUGCCCAUCAGGCCAUGUGCAGUGGGAACCCAGGUCAGGACAUGACCCUUGGUAGCAAUAUAAAUUUUCCCAUCAAUGGCCCAAAGGAGCAAAUGGGCAUGCCCAUGGGCAGGUUUGGUGGUUCCGGGGGAAUGAACCAUGUGUCAAGCAUGCAAGCAACCACUCCUCAGGGUAGUAACUAUGCACUCAAAAUGAACAGUCCCUCCCAGAGCAGCCCUGGCAUGAAUCCAGGACAGCCCAACUCCAUGCUUUCCCCGCGGCAUCGCAUGAGCCCCGGAGUGGCCGGCAGCCCUCGAAUCCCACCCAGCCAGUUUUCGCCCGCAGGAAGCUUGCAUUCCCCUGUGGGAGUUUGCAGCAGCACAGGAAAUAGCCAUAGCUACACCAACAGUUCCCUCAACGCACUUCAGGCCCUCAGCGAGGGGCACGGGGUCUCACUAGGGUCGUCGCUGGCUUCACCAGACCUGAAACUGGGCAAUUUGCAAAACUCCCCCGUUAAUAUGAACCCUCCCCCACUCAGCAAGAUGGGGAGCUUAGACUCCAAAGACUGUUUCGGGCUUUAUGGGGAGCCGGCUGAAGGUACAACUGGUCAAGCAGAGAGCAGCUGCCGUCCCGGAGAGCAGAAGGAGACGGACGAUUCCAGCAUGCCCCAGGCUGUGAGCGGUGAGAGAGCUGAUGCACAGAAUCGGCUGCAUGACAGCAAAGGACAGACCAAACUCCUGCAGCUGUUGACCACCAAAUCGGACCAGAUGGAGCCCUCGCCCUUACCCAGCUCCCUGUCGGACACAAACAAGGACUCCACAGCGAGCCUGCCUGGUCCUGGCUCGACGCAUGGAACCUCGCUCAAGGAGAAGCAUAAGAUUUUGCACAGACUCUUGCAGGACAGCAGCUCCCCUGUGGACUUGGCUAAGUUAACAGCAGAAGCCACAGGCAAAGAGCUGAGCCAGGAGGCCAACAGCACGGCUCCCGGCUCAGAAGUGACUAUUAAACAAGAGCCAGUGAGCCCCAAGAAGAAAGAGAAUGCACUACUUCGCUACUUGCUAGAUAAAGAUGAUACUAAAGAUAUUGGUUUACCAGAAAUGACCCCCAAACUUGAGCGACUGGACAGUAAGACAGACCCUGCCAGUAACACAAAAUUAAUAGCUAUGAAAACUGAGAAGGAGGAGAUGAGCUUUGAGCCUAGUGAGCAGCCUGGCAGUGAGCUGGACAACUUGGAGGAGAUUUUGGAUGAUUUGCAGAAUAGUCAAUUACCACAGCUUUUCCCAGACACGCGGCCAGGCGCCCCUGCUGGAUCAGUUGACAAGCAAGCCAUCAUCAAUGACCUCAUGCAACUCACAGCUGAAAACAGUCCUGUUACACCUGUUGGAGCCCAGAAAACAGCAUUGCGAAUUUCACAGAGCACUUUUAAUAACCCACGACCAGGGCAACUGGGCAGGUUAUUGCCAAACCAGAAUUUACCACUUGACAUCACAUUGCAAAGCCCAACUGGUGCUGGACCUUUCCCACCAAUCAGAAACAGUAGUCCCUACUCAGUGAUACCUCAGCCAGGAAUGAUGGGUAAUCAAGGGAUGAUAGGAAACCAAGGAAAUUUAGGGAACAGUAGCACAGGAAUGGUGGGUGGUAAUGCUUCCCGGCCCACGAUGCCAUCUGGGGAGUGGGCACCACAGAGUCCUGCCGUGAGAGUCACCUGUGCUGCUCCCACCAGCGCUGUGAGCCGGCCAGUCCAAGGAGGCAUGAUUCGGAACCCCAUGAGACCCAGCAGCCAGCCUGGCCAAAGACAGAUGCUUCCGUCUCAGGUCAUGAAUCUAGGGCCAUCUGAAUUAGAGAUGAACAUGGGGGGACCUCAGUAUAGCCAACAACAAGCUCCUCCAAAUCAGACUGCCCCGUGGCCUGAAAGCAUCCUGCCUAUAGACCAGGCAUCUUUUGCCAGCCAAAACAGGCAGCCAUUUGGCAGCUCUCCAGAUGACUUGCUGUGUCCACAUCCUGCAGCAGAAUCUCCAAGUGAUGAAGGAGCUCUCCUGGACCAGCUCUAUCUGGCCUUGCGGAAUUUCGAUGGCCUCGAGGAGAUUGACAGAGCUCUCGGAAUACCCGAACUGGUCAGCCAGAGCCAAGCAGUAGAUCCAGAACAGUUCCCAAGUCAGGACUCCAACAUCAUGCUGGAGCAGAAGGCCGCUGUUUUCCCACAGCAGUAUGCGUCCCAGGCACAGAUGGCCCAGGGUAGCUAUCCUCCCAUGCAAGACCCCAGCUUUCAUACCAUGGGCCAGCGGCCUAGCUACGCCACACUCCGCAUGCAGCCCCGGCCAGGCCUCAGGCCCACGGGCCUGGUGCAGAACCAGCCGAAUCAGCUGAGGCUCCAGCUGCAGCAUCGCCUCCAGGCACAGCAGAAUCGCCAGCCACUUAUGAAUCAAAUCAGCAAUGUUUCAAAUGUGAACUUGACUCUGAGGCCUGGAGUACCAACACAGGCACCUAUUAAUGCACAGAUGCUGGCCCAAAGACAGAGGGAAAUCCUGAACCAGCAUCUUCGGCAGAGACAAAUGCAUCAGCAACAGCAAGUUCAGCAGCGAACAUUGAUGAUGAGAGGACAAGGGUUGAAUAUGACCUCGAGCAUGGUGGCUCCUGGUAGCUUACCAGCAACUCUGAGCAACCCCCGGAUGCCCCAGGCAAAUGCACAACAGUUUCCGUUUCCUCCGAACUACGGAAUAAGUCAGCAACCUGAUCCAGGCUUUACUGGGGCGACAACGCCCCAGAGCCCUCUGAUGUCGCCCAGAAUGGCACAUACCCAGAGCCCCAUGAUGCAGCAGUCUCAGGCUAAUCCAGCCUACCAGGCCUCCUCUGACAUGAAUGGGUGGGCUCAGGGGAAUAUGGGUGGAAACAGCAUGUUUUCACAACAGUCCCCACCACACUUUGGGCAACAAGCAAACACCAGCAUGUACAAUAACAAUAUGAACAUCAAUGUAUCCAUGGCGACCAACACAGGUGGGAUGAGCAACAUGAACCAGAUGACAGGACAGAUCAGCAUGACCUCAGUGACCUCCGUGCCUACGUCAGGGCUGUCCUCCAUGGGUCCUGAGCAGGUUAAUGAUCCUGCUCUGAGGGGAGGCAACCUUUUCCCAAACCAGCUGCCUGGAAUGGAUAUGAUUAAGCAGGAGGGAGACGCAUCACGGAAAUAUUGCUGACACUGAAGGUAGCUGGUUGCUUCUCUCUUCAGCUGACUGGGCUCACUUGCUCAAAACACUUACCAGCCUGGAGAGCUGUGUCUAUUUGUUUUGACCCAGUCGACCUGCCAGCCAGUUCUGCCAGAGCCCAGUCAGCAGAUGGGCCUGGGCCCCGGCUCCCAGGGUGGGGUCCGCUUGGCUGUUGCAGGAGGGAGCUGCCUCUUCGCUUGACAGUCGGAAGCUCGCGUCCAGACAGUUGCUCAGUCUGUUCACUGCAUUCACCUUAGUGCAACUUAGAUCUCUCCUGCAAAGUAAAUGUUGACAGGCAAAUUUCAUACCCAUGUCGGAUUGAAUGUAUUUAAAUGUAUGUAUUUAAGGAAAACAACCAUGCUCUUGUUCUGUUCCUGUUUGGUUCCAGACACUGGUUUCUUGCUUUGUUUUCCCUGGCUAAAUCAGUCUAGUGCAAAAGAUUAAGAUUUCAUCUCGGGGAAAGAACAGAAUUAAGGGAAAAAAAAAAAAAUCAAACUAAAGGUGUCCUAAGCUAAAGCCUGUAUUUGGGAUAAAAGCAGAGCAGACACCAUGGACAGCGCUGUAUGAACAGAGACCCAAGAAGUGAAGACCAAUAAAGUCAGAGUUGUACCUUUGUUGUAGAAGCUCUAGAGACCAUGUUGGAAAGAGUUUCCAGUUACCGAACAGAUGAAAAGGAGCCUGUGAAGGGCUGUUAAUAUUAACAAGUGCUUUUUCUUUUUUUUUUUUCUUUGUCAAAAUCAAACUAGUUCCAAAUUGUGAAUCAAGAAGAAAUAUUGUUCAUUUUCAAACUAAGUUCCCUUUAGAUUGCUCAGACAGCUUUGACUCGUACCUCUUCUUCCCCAUGUGAUCCUGACUCUCCCCCGCCCUUGGCCUUCCCCACUUCUCCCCCACAUUCAUUCAUCUUGUUAAAAAAAAUUUUUAAAAAGCAACAGAAACCAGGUAAGCCCUUUAUUUCCUUAAAUGUUUUUCCAGCCACUUACCAAUUGCUAACUAUUAAAUUUCAGAAAAAUGCAUUUACUGGCAAGGAGAGGAGCCAAGUCAGGACUUGAUACCGAUCAAACUAAGGAUACCUGCUUUGGAAGCAUGUUUAUUCUGUUCCCCAGCAACACUGGCCUACAAAAACGGGCAAAAAUAACAGUGUGUUUAAAAUUGACAGCAGAUAUCACAACAGAUUUAACCUCCGCCAUGUGUUUUUUAUUUUGUUUUUUAGCAGUGCUGACUAAGCCGAAGUUUUGUAAGGUACAUAAAAUCCAAUUUAUAUGUAAACAAGCAAUAAUUUAAGUUGAGAACUUAAGUGUUUUAAUUGUAUAAUUUUUGUGAGGUAUACAUAUUGUGGAAUUGACUCAAAAAUGAGGUACUUCAGUAUUAAAUUAGAUAUCUUCAUAGCAAUGUCUCCUAAAGGUGUUUUGUAAAGGAUAUCAACGCCUUGAUUAGACCUAAUUUGUAGACUUAAGACUUUUUAUUUUCUAAACCUUGUGAUUCUGCUCAUAAAUCAUUUAUCUAAUCUAUAUGAUAUGCAGCUGCUGUAGGAACCAAUUCUUGAUUUUUAUAUGUUUAUAUUCUUUCUUAAUGAAUCUUAGAAAGACUACAUGUUACUAAGCAGGCCACUUUUAUGGUUGUUUUUCUGGCCCACUCUGGUAGGGGAAUAAUCUUUUAUUAAUUGGCGUCCGUUUCAGACAACCGCAAUACCGAGAAACUGAUGGCCUUUUUUGAGCUAUUUCCCCCCCAAGCCCCUAAUACACAUACUUUCUUACCUAAAUUUCAGAAUGAUGUCUUUUUGAUGUCUAAAAAGCAAAGCAUUUUAUAUCUCAUUAGCCAGGCUUUUUAGGAACAGAGAGGUUUUUCCUUGAAAUUUGAUUGUUUGUUUAUUUGUGGCAGGGUGGAAAAUGUACCAACUACCCCUAUUUCUAUUUCUCUCUCUCUCUCUAUAUGGGCAAAUUAGGGCGUAUAGAAAGAGAUGUAGCCCAAAGAUAAAUGGUUAAGUAGACGGUCUGAAAGUGUUGCUCCAUACUAAAGAAAUUUUCUGGAAAUUUGCAUUUCGAUACUUUGUUCCACUUGAGAGGGGUCUCACUACAGGGAGGUGGCCAAGGAACAGCACUUCUCGGCGGCCACCAGUUCACGUUGUCCCCUCGAGAGGCUCUACUCGUCUCCACCGAACCACUGGGUUGCCCAGCUGAGAUGGAAAACAAUAAGCAGAUGUUGGCCCGGAACUCCAUGACCUCAUCGGUGUGAUGAGGCUCACGUGACACAGUUUACUGUGACCGGUUUUAAGUUGAUUUUUAGAAAUAUGUGAAUCGGAAUGACUUCAACUUCACACAGCACAAAGGAGAAAUGGAGUUUAAACUGGCUUUGUUUUGUUUUUAAGUCCCUUUUCACUAGAACACUGUCCAAAAAUCUGUGUAUCUUGUAUCGUUUACCCAUCUGCCCACUGUGUCUUAAUGUCAAUCCCAAUUCAGACAAAUCUGCAAACCUGUGAUACUGGUAAUUUAGAAUAAUUCAUGAUCAUUACUGUUUUGAAGGAGAAGAGAUGGUAAAUUCUCUUAUGGCUCAGACCAGGUAGUGGAUUUUGCUUUACGUCUAAUUAAGAGAAGAAAAGUCAGUGAAGGAAUCCUCUGAUCAUAUUGAUCACUAUAGAAGCAAAAGCCAAAUCAAUCCCCUUCAUUAUCAGUAUUUCUCAUGCUGUAAACAAUAAAUUUGUUAGACUGAGUACUUGGUUUUGUUUAAUAGAACAAAAUAAUCAGUGUUUUACUUAUAUUACUAAAUGUGAAAAACACAUAAUGUGAAAAGUAUACGUACAUUAACUUGGUUGUAAAACUCAUUUAAGUGUUCAUGUAAUGUGCUAAGUUUAAAAAGUGAAGUGAGCUGUUUUACUACAAUGAAUUCGUUCGACUCAAAGACUAAAAAUGCCCCUUCCACGUGUAUCUCUUAAGGCCUGUAAUAACUGAAAGCAAUGUUUUUGCAGUUUAUAUAAUGCAAUUUUUAAUCUGUGUUUAAAAAUGGAGUUCAUAUGGGCUUAACACAUGAAAUGGGUGGCACAGAUCCACUUGCAGAACCCAAAGAUACACAAUCAAUUUUGAAAUGCAACUUAAGCCAUUAAUUGUUGGUGUGAAUUUAAAAUUUUCUAGUAUUUGUAUGGUAGUAUGCUGCCUAAGAGCAAAGCAUUCUCUGCACAAAAGAAAAUUACUGUAGUGGCUUCGAUUUUAAUUAGAAUUUUCUCCCUGGUGUUUCUUUAUAGACUAAAACAAAAUCUUUUAAGUUUCUUACUACAGGUAAAAGCUAUGUGCAAGAACCUCAAAAUGCUAAAAUCUAGCAUAAUGCCUUAGAUCUGUUUUUAAGUCUUGUAUAUUCCUACAUAGCUGUCCAAUGUAUUAUAUUUGUAUAGUGAAUUGUGUACAAUUUUUGAAUAAGUGCAUCAUCACUUAACCUUUAUGUUGUUGAAUAGUGAUGAUGACACAUUUCUUCAAACAUUUAACUGUCAUUUUUGUUCCUUUGUCAUUUGUGGGUUUUAUUUGUACAGUUCCUCAUGAAGUUGCAUCUGAGAUGUGUGUAUAUGAAAAGAUUAUACAAGGGUAAAAUUAAGCAAUAUAUUAACUAUGGUUCUUCAGGAGAAAGCUUACAGUGUUUCAGGUUGUGAUUUAUUUUCAAAAUGGAGUUGACUCUGAACAUCACUUUGUUCACCUGCAUUGAUGUUUGUAUUUCUAGUGUGAGCAGUUUAUGCAAAGGUAGAUAUAUUCAGAGAAAUUUUAAAUACAUUUAUGCAAGUUAAUAUUGCUUUGCUGAUGCUAUUUGCUUAUUUGAUGUUAAAUAAUGCUAUUGUAAAUAAAGAAUUCUGUUGUUAUUGCAUCAUUUAAUAAAUUUUAAUGCCUUCGGGUUUUA